AUGGCGCUGCUGAGCAACCUCAGCCUUUCGCUGCUCCGGGACAAGCCUGCGAAAGGCAAAGCCGAGCCAGCGCCCGAGAAGGCCAGCGCGCCCCAACCCGAGGCCAAAGCCAAGGCGGUGCCGGCUAAACCGGCCGCAGCCGCUGUUCACCAGAGGCCCGCCCCACCCGCAGCUCCGAGCCCGACUCUGCGCCCGGCAGCAGCUCCGAAGGACGCGGCAGUGCCCGCAGCCCCGGCAGCCAAAAGCGCUGAUGCAGAGGCUGCUGCUCCGAAGAAGGCCAUAGGCAGCCUCCUUGGUGCCUAUAGCGACAGCGAGGAUGAGGCAGAGGCCCCGCGGAGCGACACCGUCGCAGCCGCGGCUGUGGCCGCAACCGCAGGGGCCAACGUGGCGAAGGCGCUUUCGUCGAAGACCCCGCCAGCAGCCCCCGAGGCGUCGCGAGUGGCUACGAAGAGCGUGCCACUUGCACCCGCACUGCCCAAAGCGCCCGCGAAGCCCCGCACGGAGUCUGGGAAGGCCGCGGGGGUGAUGCGCCGAGCCACCACCGCGCAAAUUGCGGCAGCGGCGCGGCACAAUGGGCUGGCGGCCGCCCGUGAGCCGCAGCCAGUGCCUAACCAGGUGGAGCGCAUCGACAUGGGCAAGAUCGAUGGGGAGGAGCUCACACAAGCCGAUUUGGCUCCAAUCGCGCAUAAGUGCGGACCCGGCGCGUGGCGUUGGCGGGUGCGCGAGUGGCGGCCGGCUCCCAGAGGGCCUCCGCUGGGUUCCGCUCGCCUGGGGCCUGCGACAAGUGCACCGGAGCCUGACAGGGGCGAGGAGGAUCCCGACUACGAGGACUUCGCCUUCUUCGCUGGGCUCUCUGAAGCCCCAAGCGCCUCGGAAGCCAUCGAGCUUGAGGAGGUGCCGCCGCCCCCGCCGUCUGCGGAGGCCUCCGCCCCUUCGCGACCCCUCGGUUUCCGACGCAAUGAGGAGGCCGAGAGGAAGCGGCAGUUGGAGCAACUCGAGAAGGAGAAGCAACGAAAGGAAGAGGAGGAGAGACUCCGGCGGAAGAGGGAGGAGGAGGAGCUGGAGAGGGAAAGAGAAAGAGAGCGUCAGCGGAAGGAUGAAGCUGUUCGCAAAGCCGAGGAGGAGCGCGAGCGUCGUGCCCGACUUCGACAGCAGCAGGAGGACGAGAAGAAGCGAUCCGAGCAGGAGCGCCUCGAGAUGGUGCGAAAGCGAGCCAAAGAGAUCGAGGAGCGCCAGCGUCAAGCGGAGGAGGAGUUCGUGGCAAGUUCCGCGGAGAGCCGGAAGAAGGCUCGCGCCGAGGCGCAGCCGAAGCCCCCGGAGGACUCCGGCGAAGGUGGAGGCUCCGAUGGAAGCUCCGCAGGCAAAGGAAGCGGCUGGGCCAAGGACGCCAAGCGAGUGAAGGUCGCAGCACAGCAGGAGGAGGCGGAGCCUGAGGCGAAGGACUUGGGCAUCUUCGCAGAUCCAUCCGAAGUUCCCUUCCGUCGCCCUGACGGCUCUACCAGCCCCGGAGACUCCGCCGCCUUCUACGCCAUUUCGUCCGUUUCAUCGACUUCAUCCUUCAACUGCUGUUCUGAAGGCGAAGACCACGGCUCCAUCACCUCCACCCGCUUCUUCGUCAUCAAGCUCUUCAACUCAGAGGCCUUUGCCGACUCCAAAGCCUUUGUUAACUCCAUCAGCUUCAUUGUCAUCAGGCAUUCCGGCACCAAAGACUCCACCGAAGGCUCCGCCUCGGUGACAGGGAUUCCUCGUGUGAUUGACUUCCAUCCCCUGAAGACAGAGGUGCUGGACUUUGAGGGUGUUAAGGUGAAGCUUACGGAACCAGCUUUCGAGAGAUUCUCUUUUGGUUUGAGCUUGGAUUUUCACGGAGUGUUGGAUCGAUAUCACAAAAAGUCAACGAGCUGGGCGGAUCCUAGGCCCGAGUUUCCUUCAGAGUGUGUGGCAGCCUUGCGCGAUCUUCAUUCGUUGAUUCCGCGCUACGGGGGUUUAUUCUUCGUCUGCAGUUGCUGUCAUCACGAGGACACCAAGAGGCACGAGGUUGAGACGACAGUGAAUUCCUGUGAUACUCUUUUCACGCAGAUCGGGGAAUCGCCUAUUUGCCUCAUUUUCAUUACGAGGAAGGCCACUGGUCCGUUGGGGAAGCGUGUAGUGCUGGAGAAACUGGCAAAGGAGGUUGAGCUCCCCAUCAUUCACGUCGACGACUCUGCGGAUGUCUGUGACGAGCUGGCGGGCUCUGAGCACGUGAUUCCUCUGCAUAUUGCCAUUCCGAAGAGAUCCAAGGGGAGUCGUGGACAGCGCGCUAUUUUUCCGCGUGCUCCCGUGCCUUCCUUUGACAGCUUUCCGGAGUGUGCUGACGCUAUCAGAGGUCAGGUGCGGAAGUGGUUUCCGGACGUCUAA